GAAGAGAGCGAAGGCCUGGGAGCUUUUACGUUCAUAGACGAUGAGAGCAGCCUCGUCCCAGCGCCCCUCCGUGUUAUAACCAGUGUCGUAGUCCUCCUCACGAUGAUCAUAGAGAAUGUGGAAGCCUUGAAGUCGUGGCUGGCAAAACUCCUGGAGCCAAUAUGUGAUGCUGACCCGUCUGCGUUAGCCAACUAUGUCGUGGCUCUGGUGAAAAAGGACAAAGUGGAGAAGGAGCUGAAAGCACUCUGCGCUGAUCAGCUUGAUGUUUUCUUACAAAAAGAGACAACAGGAUUUGUUGAUAAACUUUUUGAAUGUCUGACGACCAAGAACUACCUGGGAACUCCCGCUGCCAAGGAGACUCCUAAAGAGGAGGUGAAACCGCCGGCAGCCAAGCCGGAUGCUGUGGAGGCUGAAACACCAGAGGAGGAGAGAGACAACAGGUGGAGGAGAAGUCCUCUGAGAAAUCGCUCCGACUUUGAGUCCAGGAGCCGUGAUGACCGGAGGCGAGAGGAGCGCAAGCGACGCGACUUCGAGCGACACGGGAAGAGCAGCAGCGACUCCCACCGCGAGCGGGAGCGGCACGAGCGCCGCAGGGGAAGCCCCCGGGGGAGGAGCUACAGCCGCAGCCGGAGCAGGAGUGGCAGUCGAGGAAAAGACAGGGAGCACAGAGGAGGCAGAGACUUUAAGUCAAAGUUUGAGGUGGAAAGAAAAGAUACCGACGGCUACAACUCUUCAACCACGUCCGGCCCCCAGCAGCAGCAGCACCCUCCGCCCCUCCUUCCCACACCUCCGCACCCCUUUUCCUCCUCUUCUCAAUCGGCCGCUGGCGUCUCAGGACCUGGAGGCGUUCCCGCAGCAACACUGGCUCACCUGCCUGACAGCACCACAGACAGCUGGUCUGGCUACUAUGGCGCCCAGAGGCAAGAUGGGGUCGUGAAGCCAUUCAGCAACAAGGUCGUUUCACUCAAACAGCGUUGCAGGGAUUAUGAUGAAAAGGGAUUUUGCGUCCGUGGUGACCUUUGUCUAUUCGACCACGGCAACGACCCGCUCAUCGUGGAUGAUGUCAAUCUACCAAGUAUGAUUCCAUUUCCGCCGCCACCUGUGAUGCCCCCUGCUGGCCUGCCUAUGCCCCCCACUGGCCUGCCCAUGCCCCCGAUCACUGAGCCGCCCCCUAACCUCAGGAUACCUCCGAUGCCACCUUACGGCCAACCACCACCACCGGGCGUCUUCCCAUUAAAUGAUAACUAUGAUCCGGAGGGCUACAACCCAGAAUCCCCAGCCCUGACUACAUCAGGUCGUAACCAGUACCGUCAGUUCAUUCCCCGGGUGCAGACCCAGCGCUCCAACCUCAUCGGCCUCACCUCCAACGAAGGACAAGGAUCCAGAGCUGCAAACAUAGUGAUUCAGACAGAGCCAGUUCCUGCAGCCAGUGCUCCCGGAAGUAACGUGCCCCGUUUCAACGCCGAGCUGGACAACAGGAAGAGAACCAUGGGACAUAGUGUAGCUGAAGGACCAGCAGUUAAAAAACCCUGGAUGGAUAAGACAAACUUUAACAACCAACAUAAGAACACAUUUCCUAAGAGGAAUCACUACGUGAACACAAAGCUGGAGGUUCGCAAGAUCCCUCGAGACCUCAACAAUAUCACCAAGCUCAACGAGCACUUCAGCAAGUUUGGAACCAUCGUCAAUAUACAGGUUGUGUUUGGUGGUGACCCGGAGGCAGCGUUGAUUCAGUACACGAUGAAUGAAGAGGCCAGACGGGCCAUAUCCAGCAUCGAGGCGGUCCUCAACAACCGCUUCAUCCGUGUGUACUGGCACCGCGAGCCCGGCACCAACCCCACCGGGCUUCAGCAGCCGGAGCAGAGCUCAGGGAGCCAGCUGCCUGGUCUGACCCCCAGCCAGGGGCCGCAGCACGGCAACAUGCAUAAGCAGGGAAUAAAACAGCACUGUCCAGCCGCCUAUGUGUUGAACAAGACUGUACCAAAGCACCGCCUGCCAGCAGCGGCUGGGGCCACAGCUGGAACCAGGCCAGACCACCUGAACCCAAACUCAGAAGCCGCCUAUAUGGCGCUGGCGCUGACGAACCCCCAGAAGAACCCCUACACCUCCACAGCCCUUAAGUUGUCCUCCAAGAGCUUUGGGAAAACGGGAAAAGCACUAGAAGCACAGGAAGUCCUCAAGAAGAAACAGGAGUCAUUAAAACUGCAGCAGGACAUGAGAAAGAAGAAGCAGGAGAUGUUACAGACACGGAUCGAGUGUCAGAAGACCCUGAUAAACCGUCUGGAGAAGAACCGAGGGAUGAAACCCGAGGAAAGAGCCAACAUCAUGAAGACCUUGAAGGAGAUGACGGACAAGAUCACGCAGCUGCAGAAUGAGUUGAAUCCUUACUCCAAAUCCAACCACAGUCAGUCCAAGACCAAGACUGAUGCCCAGAAGGAACUGCUGGAUGCAGAGCUGGACAUUCACAAGAAGAUGAGCUCUGGAGAGGACACGACAGACCUCAAGAGAAAACUGGGGCUGUUACAAGUGGAGGCGACGCGGCUUGGGCUGAUCCGGCCUCCAACAGGUCGAGGUCGGGGUCGAGGGAAGAUGGCCCACGAGCCUGGCCCGAUGCACAUGGGCCGGGGGAGGGGCCGGAGCCGGGAGAUGAUGGGUCGCGGCGGGGCCGUGAACCGUAUGUCGGUCGACCACCGACCCAGAGCCCUGGCUAUUCUGGGGGUCACUCAGCAGGAGAAGGAGGAGCUGAUGCCGCACUUUGUGAAAUACGGGGAGAUAGAGGAUCUCCGUGAACAAGACGCUAACACUGUCGUCAUGACGUUUAAAACACGGAGCGAAGCAGAGAAUGCAGCGAACCAGGGAGCUAAGUUCAAAGGUCGAGUACUGCAGAUUUCCUGGUACAAACCCAAGACCCCCUCUGUAAACACGGAGCCAGAGGAGGAAGAAGCUAAAGACGAGGACAAUAAGAAGGAUGGCCCUUAUUUGCCUGGUGAAGAAGAGGAGGAGGAGGAAGACGACGACGAAGAAGACGAGUACGAAAGCCGAUCAUGGAGGCGGUGAAGGCUGCCUGAUUCGCCCGUCACCUGCUCUUCAGCGAAAUCAGUACUUACCCUGACGUGAAGAUAACAUCGAUUCAACGGAACUCACUUUUUUUUUUUUUUCCUUUCCAGUAUUUUCAAACUAAGUCAUUUUAAACUCUGAUCGAAGUAAAAAAAACAUCUUUACUUUAUUGUACAUCGCAAGAAGUUUAGGGGGGUCGAUGAUUUUUGUAUCCCUCGACUAAACAAUUAUUUAAAACAUCUCACUUUUGCUGAGAAAGAUAAAUGUUAAGUUGUUCUUAUAGAUAGAAAAAAAAAAGCCUAUGUAAGUUGGAGUGUGCUUACCAGAUGAUUAAUAUCAGUAAUGCACAACAUUUGUGUCUACUGUGAAUAGGUAUUUUUAUACAUACUGUAUUUAAGCUCUUUUCUCACCAGUUUUUUGAAAGACCUUGUCCUCCGUUCAGGGACAGCCAUUCCAUCACCAACAGAACGUUCUCUGUCGCUGCCGGAGAGAAACUUAUUUAUUGUCCCACUGUGCCGUACCUAUAUUGGCACAGUUUGGUAUGGUUCCUCACAUUUCUUUGACAGUGGCCUCUGUGUGCUGGCAUGAACCCAGCCUAGUGUGUGCAUGUUGUAUUCUUAACAAACAGAGCCACUCCCUUCCCCCCCAGCACCCAAAGGGGCUGAUGCUGUACCACGACCACAUUCGAGCCAGUGCAGGUACAGACGGAUUCUAGUGCAAUAGAAAAGAACAACAACGAUGUUUACAAAUUACCGCGUCCAUGCACGUCACAGACAGAUUCUCUCCCCUUGUGUGGUUUUUGUCGUUCACUCGAUGUCCGGUGCCACUCCGUGUAAAUACAAACACCAUCAACUGGUGUUCUACAUUUUCUAAGAGUGUCCAACAUUUUCCACUUGUUCUACUCUGUCACCGGGUCAAACGAAGGCCCUGGCAGGACAAGGAUCAGAUCACCCAUUUAAAAAUUCUACAUAAAAUGUGAGAUCCAUAGACAGGUGACUGAAUGUAAUACUGAACAGUUGAUUUUAAUAUAUAUAUAUAUAAAUAUAUAUAUUUAGUUUUUUUGCCUUAAACAAUCAGCAGAAGGCUGACUUUUUACAAGAUUUGUGAUUUACUUUUGUAAAUUUUGUAAAUGCUUGUGAGAGAAAUUACAGUGUUUGUUUUGUUUUGAGUUUAGUUUUUUCUCUCGGUCAUUUGCAAUGAAUGACAAGGCUGUUUUCAGGUAGAGAAACCAGAGAGGCAGGAAUUCUGCAUUCGUGAGCACAAAGCCACGCUGUCGUUUCUCUUAAGUUUGUCAUAUUGUUUGAAGAAACAUUCAGAGCUGCUCUGAUCUGUGGGAAUCACUCUGUAGAAAGCCACCAUAGGAAAAGAAUGGAUGUGGUGUCCUGCAUGCACCUCCCACUGCUAGGUGUUCAUUAGUGCAGCUUUGUCUACAGCUGACUAUGGUCACACAAUGCUCUAAACCCACAACCCCAGUGUGCAGAACUAGUUUAACCUUCUACACAGACUGUGCGUUAGAAUCCUCAGGGUGGGAGGAAUGAGAAUCAAUUAAUUGUGUGUAAAUGUGCUCGAUGCAAGAUAACACUUUUUUUUUUCUUUCUUUUGCUGCUUCCCCUCAAACAACUAACAAGGUUUACACGCAGCCUAACGAAGUGUCGUCAGACGUAUGCUUAUCAUAACUCAAGUAAACUGGUCAUAUCCCAGUGACGUAACCAGUCAGAGGGCAACAGUCAUGCAGGCAGGAAUCUGUGUGUGAAGUAUUUUCCCUGCAUGUGAACACAGGAAAUCUUUUUCCUCCCAUCUACUGUGACGGUAGCGUUUUCUUUUUUGGGAUUUCAUAUCUCACUGUUGCUCCGAGGCCUCUUGCCAUUGACGUUACUGUCCCAGUCGAACCUUUGAGUUCACCAUCACUGUCAGAAUGAGGUGUUUAGGUUUGCGAUGAAAAGCUGAAACUUUUCCCUUAGCACUCCGUACUUUCUUAUGAUUUGCUCGUGGCAGUUUUAAAGGACAAACCGAUACUGGCGGGGUUCUCGCUUGUGUUAGUGACGACGCAGAGAUGGUCUCUCUCUCUCCCACUUUUUUGUAAUAUCUCCUGUAUGCUACUAUCACACUAGUGUAAAAACAAAUGUAAAAUGUUUAUUGGAUAAUAGUUUUGGAUUUGUAACUGUUUAUAUUUGCAGGGUGUGGAUGUAUUUUUCUUCAUGUAUUUUGUUUGUAAAAAUGGAAUUUCUAAUUUACAAGCAUGUUUGCUUUUGCCAAUAAAGAUGGAGGAAUGGGGUGCUUAGAAGAAGAUAAAAAAAAAAGAAAGAAAAGUAAAAAAAAAAAAACAUCAGUUGCAAUUGGAUCUUGGAGGGAAAAAAAAAUAUAUUUUGAGUUGAAGAAAGAAAACUGACCAAAAAAGGAAGUCGACAUUGGCAAAGAAAAAAAAACAAGCAAAAGCAUUCCUGAAAAUAUGAA